CCUUAUCCACCUUCUCUCUUCUCCCAUCGAUGUAAUGUUUGUGGCCCGGGCACUUUUAAUUUGCAUCCACAUACUAUACUGUGUGCUCAGCCUCAUAGCAGACCUGGGCAGCCACCUCCCGACGCUGAGCCUGCUUCCUGACAUUGGGCAGGAACAGGAUGUCAUGUGGUGCACAUAUGACUGCACGACUGGAGGAGCCUUCAGACAUGAGAGGAGCAGCCCAGCCCAUCUAGCAGCUAGCCAUGCCAUACAGAGAAGCAGAGACUCAGGUAUGUGAUUUUCAUUGCUGACCACUACAAGUCCCAGUCUGCAUUAACCUACAAACAUCCUCAGCUGUGUAGCCAAGAAAUCAUGAUGUUUUGAACUGUUUGUCCAGUUCACAAAACUCCGGCCAUGUCGGACCUCUGCCGCCUGUGCUCCUGCCAGCUCCGUGGCUCACGCCGAAAGUGGCUGUUCGGGGGCUCAAAUACCCUCCCCGCGGUCCUAUCUCAUGUACUGGGUACCAAUGUCACACGCUGCCCACCUGGAUCAUCUGACAGCAGGUCCCCCAGAGGAAAGGGUAGGCCAGAAGAUGCAGAGUUUCUCUGCGGCAAAUGCUGCCACACGCUCAAUGUCUACCACCGAUACGACUUGGUAUUGUCUCGUAUGCGAGAGCUCUAUGACCAACGCUCAACUCGCCUGUUGACGGAGCGGGAUAAGCUUUCGUUCACCCUACGUACCAUCCACGCCAAGGCCUGGGGCCUUCCUCCACCAGAGUACCAUGGACAUAACCCUGAACGCAAUCAUUUUGGCUAUCGCGGUUCCUACAACGAUCUCCGCUCACCUGGUUACUCCAAAUCUAGAAAUAAUUCCCUCUCCCCAGGAUACCAGAGUUCAGGGCCUAACUCGCCCUUCCCUGACCGUUCAGGUUCUCUCCGUGGUUCCCUAGGAUCGUUGUCCUCUGGGGCACCUUCAAAGUCCUACCAACAACUUCUUGACCAAGACCGUUCACAAUGGGAGCAUGAGACGUGGUGGGACGACCGACCAGGUGGCUGUUCCCGUUGUGUGAAGGGGGAGAAGUGCCACUACUGCUCGUCCUGGAGGGUUUCAGAUGCCAACUAUGAAUCUGUUUGCACUGUGCCUCGGAGAAAUAGGCAUAGUAGGGACAGACAUGAUAGCAACACGUCCCUUCAAAGAAGCAAAUCCCUGGGGAGCUUUGGUGGAGACAGCAGUAAGGGGUCCCUGUCCUCUUUGUCGGCCACAUCUUUGGAGGCUCUGUCCUUCACAGGGGAAGAGGAAGCGGGAGUAUUUUGGGAACCCCCCUUGUUGUUGACAACCUCCCCACCCCCUUCGGUCACCAAACCGGUGGUGAGAGAAGUUUUGAAUAGCUUGAAAGAAAUUAAAUACACCCCAGUUAAAACACCCACUCGGAGCAGGAUUCCAGUCAGGGGCCAGCAGGGGGUGAGGGCCGAAAAUGUGCACCAACAGAUAGAAGAGUAUGGAGAAACAGAGGAACCACUGGUUGAAGAAAUGGGUGACAACUGGGAUGCAUAUAUGGUCAUUGGCUCUGAGCUCUGCAGCACUCAAGUCUCUCGUUCCCGUCAUAUCCGGGACACACUAAACUGGCUACAGACAGAGAUGAAGACCGUUCAGGGAGGUGGAAACGUGCCAGGGCAUCAGGACCUCUCAACAGAACAGCAGGAACUAAUCCGGGAACUCAUGAGAAGCCUCAAGUUUAAGGAAGAGGUCCUAGAGGACUGUCUGACCUUACUGCUGACUCUACCUGUGGCCUCGGAGCCCUCAGGAGACCUCAUCAUGGACUUUGUUGAGAAGAUACGGGUGCGAGAAGAGCAGAUAAAGAGGGAAGAGGAUGAGCUAGCAGAGAGCAAGCGCCAAAGGGAUGCAGAGGUCAAGAGUCUACAGGAGACAUUGAAUGCGAGAGAGGAGGACAUAGCGCGACUGUCAAAGAUUCUGCGUGAGAAUCAAGACACCAUAACUGCUCUGCGUGACAUUCUUGGGGAAAAGGAUUUUACGAUCCAGCACUUGGAGUUGUCCCUGGACUCUGCGGUGCGGUCAGCAGCCUCGCAGGAUGCUCUGCGCCUCUCUGCUCUGCGGGAGAAAGAUGCCCUGGUUGUCGCACUGCAGGGGGCACUGAGCAGCAGUAACCAGGAUGUGCAGGCCCUCGCAGACUCGCUCCUGUCCGAAGGGCUGGACAACCUUGGUGGCUCUUUUCCUGGUCUAUCCGCCCCUAAUCCUCUUCUAGCCCAGCUGGAAGAGAAGGGCCGGCUCCUGUCCCAAGCCCUUGCAGACAGUAAGCGGCAAAGCAUUCAUCACCAGCGAGACAUCCAGGAGCUGCUGACUGCUCUUAAUGAGAGCCAGACCCUCCUCCAGGAACAGCUGCAGCAUUGCAAGAAGCGCCUGCAGGACACGGCCCAGGAGCAGAAAGUGCUGCGAGAGGCUCUGCGGGCAAAGGAGGCGGAGCAAAGGGAAGACAGACGGCAGCACGAAUCGCAAUUGCAGGAAGCCCAUGCGGAGCUGGUGCAGCUACAUGACACUGCCACUCAGAGAGAUCAGACUACAAAGAAGUUGCUGCAGAACGCUCAGAGCAGAGACCAGACUAUCAAGAGGCUGAUCCUAAGUGGGGGGAUGAGUGACACACUGUGAGGUCUACCAAUCAUCUAAUCUGAUGGGAGCUGCGAUCUCACUAAUAUUAAUAUAGUAUUGGUUUACUAGCUGGGAAUACAGUCACGGAUCACUUGAGUUUGUGAGUGGGUUGCUGGCCUGGAGUCACCCGUGUUACUGGUGGGGGGAGGGGCAUUUGCUGGGCCUGAAGUCACCCAGGUUCCUGUGGGGAAUGGGUUCCAGCCUGGAUUCACCUGGGUUACUGAAGGGGUGCCAGGCCUGAGGUCACCCAGGUUACCGAGUAAGGGAGCUGGCCUGAGGUCACCCAGGUUACUAAGGGGGUGCCAUGGCUGGGGUCACAUGGAAGCCUACCAACUACUACUGGGUUGUCAGAAGUGAAUGCUGGUGUAAGCUAUCAUGGUGUGAGGGAAAUAACAGCAGUCAUUACAUAGGAUGACUGGGGAAUGAUGGAUGUAGUAUGGUGCAAGGAUUACUCAGGAUUACAGUUUGUAUAUAAAUACAUCUCAUCUAUGCAACCUUAGUUUCUAUACCUCUAUAUACUGUACAUAUAGGACUUUGUUUUGGGGGAUGUAAUUGCUCUUUUCAAGAUCGGUAAACUUACAAUUCAAUUGCAAAUACAAAAUGAUUUAUUAAGGUGGGGGUUUCCCGGUACUCUGAUGCUGCCAUUUAGGAAAAUAGGUGACCGGUCCCUCUCCAUGGUGCAACUCUGUCCUCUACAGCCUGAAGUGGUAAGGGGUCACUUACUAGAGAAACAUUUAUUUUCUGUAUUAUGUUUUAUAUAUGGGAUAACACGCUCUGUACUGUAACGUAUGCCUAUCAGAUGUCAGUGGACAAAUCACAUCAGAAUAAUUUAUAUGAAGAGUCAGUAACGUAACAUACUGGACCUUUUCUCAUAAACCGUCAUGUGUCGAUGAUUUUAGGAUCCUGCCCAGCCUAUAAUAUUAAUAGGAUUGAUAAGAAUAUGGAGCUUCCAUUAUGUUUAAACCUAUCAAGAACAAAAAGUAGAAAAAGCAGAGUUAUUUGUUUUUGUCUGGUGCGCUCUUGUCCAUAGUGGAAAGAAAAUUGCAAUCGUUGUUCAAUUAUCAUUUUAAAUAGUAUAUUUCCCAUCCUACAUUAUAACCUUAUGUAAUAACAAUGGUCCAUAUAUUAUUUGUAUGUUUUUUUAACAUUAAUUAUGCAUAUAAGAAAAUAGUAAGUGUAACAAAAGAAAGUUAUAACUGGUUAAAAGGGCUGAAUCUUCUUGUUCCUCAGCUGCCUCAUUUAUUUUAUCAAGAGUGUAUAGGGAAUGAUUAAAUAAUAUAUAAACUAUGAAUAAGGAAUAUAUUAUUCUAUUUAAUAUUACAAAAGAUAAUGAAGGAUAAGAAACUGAUGGGCAGAUGUAUUGAGCAUGGAGAAGUGAUAAAAUGGAAAGAGAAAAAGCACCAGCCAGUCAAAUCCUAACGGUCGUUUUUCAAACCCAGUCUAUAACCUGACAGUUAGGAGCUGAUUGGCUGGUGUUUUAUCACCUUCCACUUCAUCAUUUCUCCAGGCUUAAUGCAUCUGCCCCAUUUGAAUGAUAUUUGAAUAAAGCUUGAUUUUACUUUAAGAAGUGACACAUGUGCACCAAACAAUAGAACUCCUUUUUUUUUCUACAUUGUUCUUGAUUAUCAGAUGUUGGACCUUCUGUGAUCAUAAAGCACAAUCUUGUUCUAUACAGGUCACAGGAAUCGAUGAUGACUUGUAAUAGCCACAAUAACCUACAGUACUAUUUGCAUUUUGUUCCUUAUAAAUAAGACGCACCUGUUUACAUCACUUGUGUAUUCUAUAUAAUUUACAAAUACCUGCCUGUUUACUAUACUGAAUAUGCUGCAGUACGUGGAGGUAACAAUAUGUUAAUUAGAAAUGAACCAAACAAUUACUUUGUUUGGCAGUAACAGAUUACUACCUACUGGUUACCAGCCCGUCAACAUGACGGAACAACAUAACCGUAAUGUCAGCCCCCGUGGCUGCGUGCCUGAAUGGAGCUACACUUGAAUUGCGCUGUUGUGCGCCAUCUAGUGGCUGCCAGUGUGCAAAACGCUUGAAUCCCCCUCCUAGCCUGUUAUUAUAUACUUCAAUGAGCAUAUUGUACAUACAGUACUCUGUGUAUGCGGUAAGUGGGGUAGGGGUAUAUUGUUCUGUUGUAUACCCCGACCAGUCUGGAAAACUGAGUCAUUACUAGUACUGUUACACAGUAUGGUACCAGGACAUUAAUGCUAGGGAAUAUGUAGCGCUCUCGCCAUAUACUAAGCUUAACAGUAUAGUAUCUUCUGACUGCCAUAUGCUACGCUUAUUAAUCACUGCCAUCACAGAAUUACAAUUGCACCUGAUUGGUGCGCUGCAAGAGGAUGCUGCACUUCUACAGGUACAGAAGGACUUGCCUCUAGCUGAUGAUGUAUGAAUUACUGGCCAAUGAAACGCACACAUUAUCGGCUUCUCCGCUUUCUGCCAUCAGAGGAAGAGUGGCAUAUUGGUAAUUGCCCUUGGUUUCUAUGCAUCAGGGCUGGCAUUUACUCUUCAUGUAGUACACGUUGAAUUGCACAAAGUGGUACAGGUUUUUCCACCAUCUUACAGGAUCGGACGCCGGUAUUGCCAAAACUCUCCUGGUGGUGGUCAAGACUGGCAGCUCCUACCUCUGCUUUCUGAGUAAUGUACUAAUGGAAUUAUGCCAAGGGAUGGCGCUUCUCCACCCCUUGCUUGACUGCCACAGGGUGGGAUUAUACUGAAGGGCCAAAUGCCCAAAUCUGAUGAAACAAUGGUCAUUUGUAUUUAUCAUAUCUCGGGGAUGUAAUCUGCUUCAAUUUGUAAAUAAAAUGUCUUUUAAUUG